AUAUAUAAAAUGUAAAAAAAAAAAUAUUAUUACUUCUGUGACACUCGAGAAAAUCAUUCAGCACUUUCACGGAAAAUUAAAUUUUGAGAGAAAAAAAGAAAAUGAGGGAGGAGGUCAUCAGCUCCGGAGGGACCGUUGAUCCAACCCCUGCUGCCAGCUCUGCUGGGGCAUCAUCUCCUGCUGUGCCAACAAAUGUUGGCAGUAUAGAUGGGUCAAUUCACGGGCAAGGCUCCAAGGCAGCUUCUAUUUCAUGUGUUGGUUCACAACCACCACGGACUUCCUUGAGCACAAGUGCUGGUGGUUCUGCCUUCAGAUCUUCAAGACCUUCCUGUAGACCCUGGGAAAGAGGGGAUUUAUUGAGGCGCUUGGCUACAUUUAAGCCUUCAAAUUGGUUUGGAAAGCCUAAGGUCAUCAGUUCAUUGGCUUGUGCGCAGAAAGGUUGGGUUAAUGUCGAGGUUGAUAAGAUUGUAUGUGAAUCAUGCAGUGCAAACCUUAGUUUUAUUUCGUCGCUGUCUUGGACCCCUGCUGAAGUUCAAAAUGCAGGUGAAGCCUUCUUAAAGGAGCUGGAUUCUGGGCACAUGGUCACAUGUCCUUGGAGAGGGAACAGCUGCCCUGAAAGCCUGGUGCAAUUUCCUCCUACUCCUCAAUCUGCCUUAAUUGGGGGUUAUAAGGAUAGAUGUGAUGGACUCCUGCAAUUUGAGUCUCUUCCCAAAGUAGCUGCUUCUUCAAUUGAGCAAAUGCGUGUUUCUCAUGGACCACAGAUUGAUCGCUUUCUGUCCCAGUCACAGAGUUUUAUUGCAGGGGAAGUAGACUUCAAACCUGAGAGUCUCCCAGAACUGGAAAGCUCUCGUGAGGGGUCCACUUGCGUAUAUUCUUCUGCACAAAGGCUUAUAAGUCUCUGUGGGUGGGAACCAAGAUGGCUUCUAAAUGUUCAAGACUGUGAGGAGCAUUCUGCACAAUCAGCCAGAAAUGGAAAUUCUCAUGGGCCCAGCCGUGUCCAUCCUUCACAGGAUCCUGGACUAGGCAAGAAACCUAUAUCUGCUUCAGCUAAAAAAGACACUGGAAAGAGUAAAGUGUUGGCUAAGGAGUCAAGAUGUGAGUUCAGGUCACCCUUACUAGAUUGCAGCUUAUGUGGUGCUACAGUUAGAAUUAUGGACUUCUUAACCGUUCCUCGCCCUGCUCGUUUUUCUUCCAACAAUAUCGACAUUCCUGACACAAGUAAAAAAAUGGCAUUGACUCGCGGAGUAAGUGCAGCAAGUGGAAUUAGUGGUUGGGUUGCUGCUGAUGACGCAGAUAAAGAACAGACUGAAGACCGUGAUGAAGUUGCGACAACAAAUGAUGGGAAGUCAUUACCUAAUGCUGAUGUUGAUUUAAAUCUCACAAUGGCUGGAGGCUUACCUUUUAACCAUUUUGGAAGAAGAUCAAUGUUUGACAACAUGCAAGAGGGAGACAUGGGAAGGGAUCUGAUGAUCGGGCAACCUGCAGGAAGUGAGGUUGGUGAUCGUGCAGCUUCAUAUGAAUCACGGGGUCCUAGUUCUCGUAAACGGAGUUUGGAAAUAGGCGGAAACUCAGAUGACAGACUACACUUGAGGGUGCAGCAAGCAGAUAGUGUUGAAGGAACUGUCAUUGAUCGUGAUGGUGAUGAAGUCACCGAUGGCAGACAAUAUUCUGCUGGGCCUUCAAAACGCGCACGGGAUUUAGAUAUUUUUGAUUCAUACUGUUCAUCGUAUCAGAGAGAUUCUGGUGCUGGUCCUAGCCAAUCAAUGGGUAUCGAAAUACAUGCAGAUGGCAGUAGAGCUGCUUCAUUUCGGCAAAGGAGUGAGCAGCCUGUUGGAAUUCAAGCAACUAGGGAUUCAACACGCGCAUCAUCUGUCAUUGCAAUGGAUACGUACAAUCAUAGUGCAAAUGAGGACUCAAUGGAAAGUGUUGAAAAUUAUCCUGGAGAUAUUGAUGACAUUCAGUUUCCCUCAUCAAGUACUUAUGGCAAUUUGGACAUGAAUGAGACAUCAGAAUUGAACUACAGUAAUCAAGCUCAACAAAGUGUUGGUUUUCGUUCAGUUGCUGAAGUAGUUCGUGGGGAAAUGGGUGUCAGCAGUACAAAUGAUGGUGAAGAAAUUUUCAAUGCAGAAACUGUGACUGCUCAAGCCCGUGGGGGAAUUAGUUUUGGAGUAAGUGGGGGAAGCGUUGGCAUGUGUGCCAGCCACGAAGCUGAAAUUCAUGGAGCUGAUGUGUCUGUCCACAGAGCAGAUAGUGUAGUUGGUGAUGUGGAACCCAGAAUUGAAGAUGCUGACGUUCAGGGUCAGACAGGUGAAUCAGCUCCAGAUCCUGGGUUGAUGGAUGAGAUUGUCCCAGAUGAAAUUAAUAGGGAAGAUCCUCGUGGUGAUAGCCAGGAGAUGUCUCAAUCUCUUGGGAGGGCUGAUAGUGGCUCCAAGAUUGAUGGUUCUGCUAAGGCAGAAUCUGUUGAAAGUGGUGAAAAGGUAAGUGCAAGCUGUAAGUUUGGUGUAGAGGCCUCUGCGCACCCUUCUCUCUCGUGCAAUGCUAUUAUAAAUUCUGGCUAUAAGACAACCAAGCAAGAUGUCACGAAGGCUGGAAAGUCUUCAUCUACAAAUGUUCGUGUCUACCGAGAAUCAGAUUAUGCAGUAGUAAAUGGGAUAGAACCACCUAAAGGGGAGAGCAAUUAUGAAGAAGCAGCAGAAUUUGAUCCAAUUGCUCAUCACAACAAGUUUUGUCCCUGGGUGAACGGUAAUGUUGCAGCUGCUGGCAGCAGCAGCAGCUGUGGGUCUGGCUCUAGUGCUGAUGCCAUCGCACUUUGUGGGUGGCAGCUAACAUUGGAUGCCCUGGACACGCUGCGAUCAUUGGGCCCUGUUGCAAUCCAGACCGUGGAGUCAGAAUCAGCAGCAUCUCUUUAUAAGGAUGAUCAGCAAACUCCAGGUCAAAAGCUCCACCGCCAUCCCUCUAUGAGCAGAAGCCAGGGACAACAUUGACAACUGAGUUCGAACUUGUGCUUCUUCCAGUGACCGGAUCAGAAUUCAAUCUUGAGAUGAAAUUUGAAUUCGGGUUUGGCUAGUUGCAAGUGGAGCAUCUGCUGGGAAAGUUCUGGCAGUUUUCUGAGUCCCUCUUUUAUUAUAUCCUAUUUUUAUUUUCAUGGUAAGGUAAUUUAUAUGUUUGACAAAUCUCUGGAUGCUUUUAUGCAGAUUAAACUUCGUGAAUUAUUAUUAUGUUCACUAUUAUUUUAGGCAGGGUGGUAUGACCGACUUAGAACCUUUGAUGAAGAACACUUGAACAAAUUUUAGUCAUGCAGUUUUGUUUUUCCAGAUUUUGUCAUGGAUUGAUAAUUUCGACCAAAACAAA